AUGUCUACAAACCGCCAGGCUCGGGCAAGAAUCGCCCUCUCCUUCGACUUCGACGCCCUCUCCGCCUUCAUAGGCACAAGCGACCACCCCGACAACACCCUCUCCGACUACAGCACGGGCGUAUUCGCCGCCCACGUCGGCUCACGCCGCCUCCUCCACGUCCUCAAAAAGUACAACAUCGCCGACAAAGUCACCUGGUUCAUCCCAGGCCACACAAUCGAAACAUUCCCGGAGCCGGUCGCCGAAAUCGUCGCCUCAGGCGCCGAGAUCGGAUUACACGGGUACGCCCACGAAGGAGCCACCCAGAUGACACCAGCCCAAGAACGAGACGUACUCGUGAAAUGCAUGGCCGUUGCACAGAAACUCACCGGCAAGAAAGUGCUCGGCUACCGCGCGCCUAUGUAUCAGAUCCGGGAAUCGACGGUCUCCUUACUGCGUGAGUUCGGGUUUCUGUAUGACUCGUCGCUGAGCCACCACGAUUCCCAGCCAUACUUUACACCUGCUGAUGGAGCGCCGGAGCGGAUUGAUUUCGGCAAACCGGCGAGUUCGUGGUUGAAGCCUUCGCCUGUUACGAGGGAUUUGCAUGUUACCCCCGCUGGGGGGAUUCAUCCGCUCGUUGAGAUUCCAACGGGGUGGAAUAACGAGGAUAUGAUGGCGCUGCAGUAUUUCCCGCAUCUGGUGAACACGCAGGGGCAGGUGGAUGCGCGGGUUGUGGAGCAGCGGUGGAAGGACAUGUUCUUGUGGCUGUGGGAGAAUGCAGAGGUUGAUCGCGAGGAUGGCACGUUUGUGUUUCCGCUACUUAUGCAUCCUGAGACCAGUGGGCUGCUGCAUGUUAUUGGGAUGGUGGAGAGGUUUGUCAAGUGGUUGUGUGAGUGGGGGGAUAAGGUGGAGUUUUGUACCUUUGAAACAAUUGCAAAAGAUUAUUUGCAUGAACGGGGUGUCUGUUAAACCUCUAAUUGAACUAACUAGUAUUUUACAGUGUGAGUAUUGCUUGAGACUGGUAUACAUGGCAAACAUGUACUACAAUGAAAGUUAUACAACAAUCAGUACGCAUGGGACAUCAAUUUACUACUACUAGCUAGUUUACUCAAAUCGU